AUGUCGAUGUCGAAAAGCCAGAAAGCAACUGUGAACGGAACCGUGAACCAUAUUAAUGGAGAAGUGCGUACCACACGUGCACAGAUGCACCAACUUCGCUACAACCUGUAUCCCUCAAAGGUAACAGUGGUCCUCGGCGCUCAGUGGGACGACGAGGGCAAAGGCAAGGUGGUCGAUAUGUUGGCCGCUGAUGCGGACAUUGUAUGCCGUUGUCAGGAAAUUGGAUCCUUGCUGCAGGAACGCGGAGGGGAAAUCAGCGUGACAACGCAGCGAAUCCGGCGGUGUGGUUGGCUCGAUCUUGCCCCGCUCCGAUACACCUCCAUGGUAAACGGUUAUACUGCGGUUUGUUUGACUAAGCUAGAUAUUUUGGAUACACUAGCAGAGAUCAAGGUCGCCGUUAGCUACAAAUUGAACGGUAAGGAGAUCGACUACUUCCCCGGUUCUAUCACCGAUCUAGAGCAGGUGGAGGUGAACUACAAGAUCAUGCCCGGUUGGUUGAAAUCGACCGAAAAUGUGCGCGAUUUUGCCGAGCUGCCGUCGCAGGCUAAGGAUUACAUUCGAUUAAUCGAGAAAGAGAUGAACGUGCCAGUGAAGUGGAUCGGUGUCGGCAAGGACCGAGAGUCUAUUAUCUGCGUACCAUCUUCUUCUCCAGCCUGA